AGCCGAGUACCUUGGCGAGUACUGAUCUUGAUCGGCAGCGCUAAGGAGCUGAGUAAUUUCAUUCAACAUGAAGGUUUUGAUUGUUCUAUCCGCCAUCUUGGCUUGCGCCUUCGCUACUUCGCCAUUGGUUUAUGCCAAAUUGGUGCCCGGUGCUCCAAUCGGCUUUGAUGGCCGAGUGAUCGACACCGCGGAUGUCACGUUGGCCAAGGCCGAGCACGCGGCCGCUCAUAUCAACGAGAAGAUUAAUUUGGCUGCGGAAGCUGCCAGGUCAGCCGACCAGCACGUGCUCGCUUAUGUAGCACCGUCCAACGUAGCCGUAGUCGACAGCAACGCGCAGCUGGUGCAACCGGUUCCGGUGACGGCGAAACUGGCCUCUGGUGCGCCGAUCGGGCUCGACGGCCGCGUCAUCGACACGCCGGAAGUGGCCCUCGCCAAGGCAGAACAUGCGGCAGCGCACAUCAACCACUUCAACGAGAAGCUUGGCUACGAAGCCGCGAAAUCGAUUUACCAAGAGCAACCGGCCAUCAUCCUGGAUCGUAGCGCACCGUUCCUUCGUUAUUACUUUCGUUGAAUCAAGUUUGCUAAUACAUACAGACUCAUAUAUAUAUAUAUAAAGUGUAAAUAAAUCUGAAUUCCCU